ACAUACCUUGCUGGCAGAGGUAGAAAAUGUGUCUAGGGUAACUUUUUAGUUUCCUUUCAAUUUUCCCCGCAAUAGAUUUUGAUUUCCCCUUUUCCCUCUCUGUUUUGUAGAGAUUAUGGUGUUUUUUUAGACUACAAAUUGGGUCUUUUUAACUUUUAAAAUCAAGGAAGAAGAAGGAGAAUGAGAAGAAAGAAUGUUCAUUCUUCUUUUAUUCGUAGUUAGAAAUCUCUCUCGCGUCAACUCCUUCUCUAAUAGGUUUCUGAACACGGGCUAUGGGUUAGACAGCAGUUGGGGGACAGUUGUGCAUCUACUAAAGCUGAAUAACCAAUUUCGUGCUUGGUUGGUUAUUGUAGCGGAAGCGAUAAUCGCCAACACCUACAGUAGAGAUGAUAAAGCCUGAUAUCAUUUAUCCCCAAAUUGGAUGCAGAUUGCUGUUUUUUCCAGCAAGUUCGACAAUGGCAACCCCUUCACCGGCGAACAGGAGCAAUGCAACAAUGAGGAGUCCAAUUUGGAAGCUCAAAACCCAUCCUUUCAAGCCUGGUUUGUGCAUAACUCAAGUCUGUGAUGAACGAUGGUGGGUGUUGAUCAAGUGGGGAAGUUUGCAGCUGGAGCUGGAUAUAGAUUUGACCUCUGUGCAUCAACCAAUCAACAACUUCUACGUGAGUAAUAGGAACAUGCAAGAUUCAGCUGGCUUGCAUUUAAAUGCAUGUGCCAUUCAGGUUGAAUAUGAUGAUGUUGCAAUGGAGUCAUUAAGUGGGGAAGAUAUGGAAGUUGAAGUGGAUGCAAGUACAAGUAGUGUGGGUACCGCUGAUAUUGGUUCAACUGCAACUCAAAUUAAGUCACCGAAGGCAAAAGGCAGGAAGCUUACAUAAAAAGUACGGGUUCAAUUCAAGAGGCAUGCGAAGGAUGAAAGAUUCAAGGCAUCAUGUAUCAAAUGCGGGAAGACUUAUGAAUCUAAAUCGCGUAGAAAUGGAACAAGUGCGCUUCUCAGACAUAUGGAAAAACCAUGCGGUGAUAGAAAAGGUACUGCUCAACAACUGUUGAAUACAAUUAGAGUUGGAUU